UCUAAACAGCGCACCACAACAACGAGCCAGCAACUUCCGGUCUCUUCUGUUAUCAAAACAAACAUGGCCACUUCCAGGCAGGUCGGCAGUUUGCUGGCUCGUUCUGCAAGACUUUUGCGUCCCAGGCUCGAUGCCCCAUGGCAACUUGCUGCCUCUCACAGUGUGUGCCGGAGUGCUGGUUAUCACUGGCUUUCACAUGACACUGUAAUCAAGAGCAGAUGGCCUCAGCAAUGGUUUGUUCCUGGGAGGAGCAUGUUUGUGCAGACACAGGACACACCAAACCCAAACAGCCUCAAGUUUCUGCCCGGACGCAUAGUUCUUGAAUCAGGAACUAUGGAUUUUCCCAGCCCUCGUGAAGCAUACACCUCACCCUUAGCCAGACAGCUAUUCCGGAUUGAUGGGGUCAAGAGUGUCUUCCUGGGCCCUGACUUUAUCACCAUAACCAGGGUUGAUGAAAAUAUUGAAUGGAAAGUAAUAAAACCUGACGUGUUUGCCACCAUUAUGGACUUUUUUACCUCUGGGCUUCCUGUCGUCAAUGAGGAUGAAAAACCUAAUGAAGACACAGCACCGUCGGAUGAUGACGAUGAGGUAGUUGCUAUGAUCAAAGAAUUGUUGGACACUCGGAUAAGACCCACAGUGCAGGAAGACGGAGGCGAUGUUGUGUAUCGCGGCUUCGAGGAUGGUGUGGUGAAACUGAAGUUACAGGGAUCCUGCACCAGUUGUCCAAGCUCCAUUAUCACUUUAAAGAAUGGAAUCCAAAACAUGCUACAGUUUUAUGUCCCCGAGGUCGAAUCGGUUGAGCAGGUGAAAGAUGAAGAGGAGGCUGCUGAAAUUUGACUGAUAUACGAGGACAACAAGCGCACAUUCCUCAAUGCACUGUCCAAUAAGUAACUCAUAUGGCUUGGGAUACGAUACCACACAGUGGGAGUACUCAUUAGCCUUUAUGCUAAUCAUAAAAUCACAUGAUUCAAUUUGUGUACAGUAUAUUCAACACAACAGUACUUCCACAUCAGGCAACUUCUUUUUUGCUCGAUAGUCAUUUCAUUUAUCAAACAUGUCCUCAAACUGCUACUCCAAAGGAGUUUCUUCAUUAAACGCACAAUAUUUAUAUGAAUAAAGUUUAUCCA